AUGAUAUUAUUACCAUUUAUUACUGAUACUAGUAAAACAUUUGAAAUAUUUAUUACUUUAAAGAAUAAUAAUGAUAGUAUUAAUAAAGAUACUAAUAGUAGUGAAAGUCAAUCUAUUAUACCUGAUACAACAACAUUAUAUUCAACAACAACAAUAAUGGAAUCAAUAACAACAAUUUGUUAUUAUGAUCAAGAUCAUAUCUAUUUAAUUAAUGGUCACAUUAUAAAGAAUAGAAUUGAUCGAUUCAACAUCAAGACAAUGAAAUUUGAAUCAUAUCAUCAAUUACCUGUUGGAUAUGGUCAUCAAGUAUCAUCAAUGAUCUUCAAAGGUUCAUUAUAUUCUGUAUCAUACUAUCAAAAUAAGCUAUUUCAAUUCGAUUUAACAAAUAGAACGAUAACAGAUCAUCAAAUUGACUUUACACCAUUCACAGCAUGUCAUGAUAACAAUGGAAAUUUCUUUUGUAAAUUAUUACAAAUUAUUGCAAAUUAUUGCAAAAUAUUACUUAGAAUGAGUACCACUAAAGAAUGUCCAUUUUGUAAUGAAAACAUCACUUUAAGAGUCUAUGACAGACAUGUAAUACCUUGUUAUUGCAAGUAUUGUGAUUCUAAUAGUCUAAUUAGAGAUUGUACCUGUAAGAGCUGUAAUGAAUCACGUCCACAUCCAACUUCAGCCCCUCUUUAUCAUAAUACUAUUUCUUCAUCAAAUAUUACAUCAUCAGCAACACCACAAUCACCAUCAUCUACAUCACAAUCACCAGUACCACCACUAGUCCCAGUACUACUACCACCAACCUCAAGUCGCACCCGUAAUGAUAACAAGACAUGGAGAACUCCAAGACAACAAAAGAGAAGUUGA